AAUUUGAAUAAGGUCAGAGGUCGUCUGCGGUCGUCAGUGGAAUGCCUUGGCAGAGCGAAAAUUGAAAACCCUCUGCAAAGAUGACGGAACUGAGCUAUCAGGCGCUGAAAACUGCCAAUCAAGCCAGAGAGGCGGAUGAGCAGAGAGUGGAAUCCAGAAGAAGAAACCUGCUUCUGCUCAUAUUACAUUAUUUAAAGUAUCUAGAAUCAGUCAAGUCGCUUGAACAUGAAACUAACCUAAGUCUGAGGAAGUUUGAGGUAUGUGACAACAUCGACCUGGAGACUAUACUACAGGAGUACGAGUCUUACUUCUACAUCAAGUUCCAGAAGUAUCCAAAGAUCACCAAGAAACUAGCUUCCAGUGCUGAUAGUGCAAAUUCCAGAGUAGGUAGAGGAGGCAAAUUAAGGAGAUCAGGCAGCACUGUGUCCCUUCCCAGAAUACCUCUGGACAGGGAGAGUGCAGAGGACAGUGGGAAGAAAGAGACGGCCUCGCCCAAAAGGAGCAAGCCCAGCUCCGGCACCAGGAAACCCCCAGCUGCAGCGAACAAGAAGGGCGGCGCCAAAGACUCCAAACAGCAGGAUGCUACAGUAGGAGACUCCACAGAUCUGGGGCUGACAGUGUCUGCUGCUCCGACAUCAAAUGGUACAAUAGGGUCAGACAAGGAGAAACCACACCAUGAACAUGGCAGGAAACAAGUUAUUGACAUGCGGUCAAUGCUUCAAGAUGCCAUCAAGGGGGCCUCCAGGGAGAUCAACAUAAACAGCUAUGAUUCUUCUUCAGACCGCCUAUUGAAACCACUAGGGGGCUAUGUAGGGUACAAUAGUGAAUGGAGAGAACUUGCACAGACUAUCAGUAGGGACAUUUACUUAAACAACCCUGAUGUGAGAUGGGAUGACAUCAUUGGCCUGGAUGCUGCUAAAAGACUGGUUAAGGAAUCAGUUGUGUAUCCUAUCAAGUACCCAAAAUUGUUCACUGGUAUCCUGUCACCUUGGAAAGGACUCUUAUUGUAUGGACCACCAGGCACUGGUAAGACGUUGCUGGCCAAAGCUGUAGCUACAGAGUGCAAUACAACGUUCUUCAACAUCUCAGCCUCCAGUAUUGUCAGCAAGUGGAGAGGGGACUCCGAGAAACUAGUUAGAGUACUGUUUGAGCUGGCCAGGUUCCACGCACCGUCUACAAUAUUCCUGGAUGAACUGGAGUCAGUCAUGGGACAGAGGGGCUCAGGUCCUUCUGGAAACGAACAUGAAGGAAGCCGUAGGAUGAAGACAGAGCUGCUGGUACAGAUGGACGGGCUGGCCAAGUCUGAUGAUCUGGUCUUCCUUUUGGCUGCUUCAAACUUACCUUGGGAGCUUGACCAUGCCAUGUUGAGAAGGCUGGAGAAGCGUAUCCUGGUAGAUCUGCCCACCAAGGAAGCCAGACGUGCCAUGGUUCAGUUCCACCUGCCCAAAACUAUCAACCAGGGCACAGGGGUGGAGAUCACCACUGAUCUGGACUACGAACAUCUAGCUGACCGUAUGGAGGGGUACUCCGGAGCUGACAUCAGGCUGGUAUGUAAAGAAGCUGCCAUGAUGAAAGUCAGGAAAGUGUUUGAUGUGCUGGAGAACCACGGACAAGGCGACCACCUCCCAGACUUGAAGAUAGACCCCAUCCUUACAUCAGACGUGAAACUGGCCCUGGCCCACACCAAGCCUUCCGCACGCACACUUAAAGACAAGUACGCUGCCUGGCAAAAAGAGUAUGAAUCUGUAUGAUUGGUUCUUAACCAGCAUCAAAGGUUUAAUGAGAAUAGGAGCUGUACUAGAUUCUGAGCCACAUUCCACAUGACAGCUAUACAUGGAUAUUUUUCAUAUGUCGGAUGGGAAUAUUAAGGUGACCUUUAUUGAUGGCUGUACCAUCUUCCAGCUGUGCAUGUCACAGAUUACCACAGACAAUAGAUAAGUUCACACUUCUGCAGAUCACAAAGCUGCUUGCAUAAGUCCUGUAUACCUCUCCCCA